CUUUCUUCUCUCUCAUAUGAUCUCUUCUUCAAUCUCUCUCUUCGAAACAUUAACAAAACGCGUCAAGAUAUAUUUUUCCCAGAUACAGAGAAAACCCUAAAGUCUCUAUCUUCUUUUUUUUUUGUUUUUGAUAAUUUCUACCGGAGGCAGAUCUAUAGAGGAAUCGAAUUCAACAUGGGUAACACAGACAAGCUGAUGAAUCAGAUAUUUGAUUUGAAAUUCACGUCCAAGUCUCUGCAAAGGCAAUCGAGGAAGUGUGAGAAGGAGGAGAAAGCUGAGAAAUUGAAGGUGAAGAAGGCGAUCGAGAAGGGUAACAUGGAUGGUGCUCGGAUCUAUGCUGAGAACGCUAUUCGUAAGCGUAGCGAGCAGAUGAACUACCUUCGUCUCGCUUCUCGUCUGGAUGCUGUUGUUGCUCGUCUCGAUACCCAGGCUAAGAUGGCCACCAUCACCAAAUCCAUGACCAAUAUCGUCAAAUCCCUUGAGUCUUCUCUUGCCACAGGCAAUCUACAAAAGAUGUCUGAGACGAUGGAUUCAUUCGAGAAGCAGUUUGUGAACAUGGAGGUUCAAGCUGAGUUCAUGGAGAACGCUAUGGCUGGUUCAACUUCAUUGUCCACUCCAGAAGGAGAAGUCAACAGCCUUAUGCAGCAGGUUGCAGAUGACUAUGGUUUGGAAGUCUCUGUGGGACUUCCUCAGCCUGCUGGUCAUGCCAUUCCUACUAAGACAGAGGAGAAAGUCGAUGAGGAUGAUUUGUCGAGGAGGCUUGCAGAGCUUAAAGCCAGAGGAUAAGUUCGCUAACCGACAUCCGUGCUUGGACGAUCUGCCACUUUGCACGCGAUCCUUGCCGAAUUGUUGCUGCUAUUAUCCGCAAACACGGGCUUAUUUGUGUAUAUUGCUUACUUUGAAAUAUGCUUUGUUUAUAACUUAAUAUGAAAAACCUUCGUGUGUUUUUAGUUUUUUACCAUUACAAUGAUAUGCUUUCCUUUUGA